AUGGUGCCAUAUGGUCAGCAGAUCAACGCAAGUACCGCCGAGAUUGGUGCUUUCUCGACCGUGUUCUAUGUCUAUGGGAUCGUUUCAUUGGCUUGGAUGCCCUGGUUAGCUGACACAAAAGGCAUACGAAUCGCCAUUAUUCUCUCUGUCCUGGGCACGGCGAUUUCCUAUGCAGUUCAGGGCAGUGCGCAUCACUUCAUGCCCCUGGGUGCCAAGGCCGUGUUAGGAGUGUACACGGUGCCCGAGUGGGGCUAG